AUGGCUGGGAAGAAAGCUAUUUCAGUCUCGCAAUUUGCCGAGCACUUUCGUCGUGCUUGGUUGGGAACACAAGAGAAGUUUUAUUCUGGUCGAAGCCUCGAUCGAAAUGACUUCAGUCGCCUGCCUCGCAGGCUCGGCCUGGCCAUCAGCGGCGGCGCUGAUUCGAUGGCCCUUGCAUUCCUAUGUCGCCAACUAGAACGGUCGGCCUUAGCUGGAGCUAUCUCUGUUACCGCGUUCGUGGUUGAUCAUCGUGCUCGGGCAGAAAGCAGCCAAGAAGCACGGACUGUGGCUGGCUGGCUUACAGCAAUGGGUAUCAAGACAAAGAUUCUGGAGCUGGACUGGGCUCAGUUCGCAAAGCAAGACAGCUCAGGCCAAGCGAAAGAAAAUUCGCCUUUGCCAUCGGCUUUUGAAACACACGCUCGUCAUUUGCGUUUUCGAGCCCUCGGUGCCGCCUGCCGUGAGAGGGGCAUCAACGCCUUACUCAUGGGUCAUCACCAAGACGACACAGUAGAGACUACCAUCUGGCGACUAAGUUCUGGAGGAAGAGGCGCCGGCCUUGCCGGAAUCCCUGAAGUUGCUCGAAUCCCAGAGUGUCAUGGUCUGUUUGGAGUCUCCGAGAGCGGUUCAUUUAUUCAAUUGGCUAAGCGCGGCAGCCAUGCUCGGCUACCAUUCCAUGUUCAAGUCGACGACAAGAACAAAGGCAGUAUCAUUUUCAAUCCAGAUACGACCCAACAAAAUUCUAGCAAACACCAAGCAACGAGGAUUUCAUCGCCUGAUAUAGCAAGCGCAUCUGCCUUACCAGGCGUCUCCGUCGCAACCGGUGGGAUUCAUAUCUGUCGCCCACUCCUUUCAUUUCCGAAAACCAGCUUACUGGAGACCUGCCACCAAAACAAGAUACCCUACGUCUCCGAUCCAACAAACUUCGACCCGACUCUGACCCCGCGCAAUGCAAUUCGCAGCAUGCUCUCCUCCGACUCUUUCCCACGGGCAUUGCGGGCACCGUCUAUCCUAUCCUUGAUACGAUCAAGUCAAUCAUUCCUUCACACAUCGACCGAGUUUUCAAAUCAACUUCUUGCAUCAAAAUGUCGUAUUCUCGACCUGAAUUUGAAAGCGGGCACGAUGGUUCUUCAAAUCCUGGAUCUCCCCUCAUUCUUAGAUCCUCUGAAGUCUCAAUUGUGCCCGUCUCGUCUAUUCCAAAUUCAAGCUCUCACUCUCCGGCGCAUUACCGAAAUUAUUUCCCCUUUCCAUGGAAAUCAUUUCCCAGUGCGCAGCUACGAGCCUUUCAUCUCACGCGUAUUUACAUCGUCUGAAGAAGGCCACGAAGGCAGCGGGGCCCAAUCAAACAACCCACCACCCCCUCCUCGGCAAAAUUUCACGUUGGGGGGCGUUAUGUUUCAACCUCUCGCCGUGAAAGAUACCGACGGCCAAGUCCCUGGUGGCAAAAACAUAUGGUUACUAUCUCGUCAGCCAUUCUUCAAGAACAAAGGCACUAUUACUCGGCUCGAUAUUCAACUCUCGAAUGGCAAACAUCAUUCGAACUCAAAAUCGGCCAUGGGUAACGCUCCGUGGACAUUAUGGGAUGACAGAUACUGGUUCCGAUUCAGAGUAAUCUCCGCUGAGAAAAACCAAGGAAAACGGUCUAACAACGUGACCUUCAUCAUCCGUCCACUUCAACAGCCUGAUCUUUCCACGAUCCGCAUCGACCCAUCACUACUCCCAGAAAUGAAACGCACCAAAAACAGAUUCCCGACAAUGAUCCAUAAUGUGCUCAAGAGCCGUCUUUCCGAAAAUGCGCCCGGGUCAUCACGUUUCACGCUUCCAAUACUAGCUGUGGAAAAGCCUCAUACGUCGCCGCAGCCACCAAAGCAUGAGUCUGAGCAGCUUAUAGCUCUACUGACUUUUGACCUCUCGUUGGAUGCAUUGUCCAAGAAAAGAGGUUCCAAUGCGGUAGAGUUUACUUACGGGGAAGAGAAAUUGAAAGUGAUAUGGGAAUGGAUGUACAAAAUGGUUGACACCGAGGCGAUUCGCCUUAUGGGCGGGCCUGGCAAGGUUGAAAAUGAAUCGGCUAGUGUACACGACGAUAAG